AUGGGCCGUACCGCCUCCAUACGUGCAGGCCGUACCGCCUCCGUAUACGUGCAGGCCGUACCGCCUCCAUACGUGCAGGCCGUACCGUCUCCAGACGUGCAAACCAAACCGUCUCCAUACGUGCAGGCCGCACCGCCUCCAGACGUGCAGGCCGUACCGCCUCCAUACGUGCAAACCAAACCGUCUCCAUACGUGCAGGCCGCACCGCCUCCAGACGCGCAGGCCGUACCGCCUCCAUACGUGCAAACCAAACCGUCUCCAUACGUGCAGGCCGUACCGCCUCCAUACGUGCAAACCAAACCGUCUCCAUACGUGCAGGCCGUACCGUCUCCAUACGUGCAGGCCGUAUCGUCUCCAAACGUGCAGGCCGUACCGCCUCCAUACGUGCAAACCAAACCGUCUCCAUACGUGCAGGCCGUACCGCCUCCAUCCGUGCACCAAUAA